CUUCAGGCUCCCCCAGAAAAAGGCUGGCACACAACAGCACAACUUUGCUCCCGAGCCUUACAAAGGGGCUUUGCAGGCUCGUUAUUUAUAUGCUGGGUUUGCAGCUCUCCUGGAACUGUUGCCAUGCGCUGUGCCGGGUCGGUUCAGCAGUCCUUGCUUCCAGCAAAAGUGUUACGGAUGUUGCUGGGUUACCGCUGUCUAUGGAGCGCAUAUGGUCUUUAUGCGAAUGCUGCUGCAGAGCAGAAACCUGGAAGAUUGCUUCCAGAGAUCUUGCUUUCCCUUUCUGGACUCCCAAUAGUUUCACAGAGACAAGAGGUGGACUCCAGGAUCUAAAUGCUUCCGGACAGGAAGAUGCACGCAUUAUUGACCAGACCGCAAAAUAAGAGUGGGUUCAAGCCGCUGCCUGUUGUGAUCAUAGGGAAUGGACCUUCAGGAAUCUGUCUCUCAUAUUUGCUGUCGGGCUACAUCCCGUACUUCAAAAGAGACUCUCUUCAUCCUCAUCCCAUUCUCCAGAGGAAACUGGAAGAGGCACCAGAUGUCUCUAUUUUGGACCAGGAUUUGGAGUAUCUAUCUGAAGGCUUGGAGGGACGAUCCCACAGCCCUGUGGCUCUUCUGUUUGAUACCCUUCAGCGUCCAGACACAGACUUUGGCGGAACAGCAGAAUCUGUCCUCACCUGGUGGCAUGAGACCGAAAGAGCCAUCCCCCACCUGGUCCUUGGCAGAAAUGCUCCGGGAGGUGCCUGGCAUUCUAUCGAGGGCUCUAUGGUUACCCUGAGCAGAGGUGAAUGGAUGGGACUCCCAGAUCUCCCGUUCAAAGACUGGCUGAAGCAAAAGAGAAGAGGCCUCAGAAACAACAGAGCUACAGCAGAAGACAUUGCUCAAUAUUACCAACACUAUGUGGUGAGGAAAAGACUGCAGAAGAAUUUCAGAGCUGGUACUGUUGUGACCUCUGUGAGGAAAGUGAGCGCAGAGAGCAUCUCCAGCCAUGCACAGAAAGAUCUGCAGGAGAAUAGUGACUCACUCUGGAGCUUCAAUGAGAGAAGUACGGAGGUCUUCCAGGUGGAUGGAUUUUUCAAAACUGUGAAAGGCGUUAAAGAGCCCUUCUCCAUCUAUGCAGAGAAUGUGGUCUUAGCGACAGGAACAUACGAUAGUCCUACUUGGCUUGGGGUCAAGGGAGAGAACCUUUCCUAUGUCUAUCACCAGCUGUCUGCCCUGGAGGAAGCCGUGAAGAACAACACUGUUGGCAUCAUGUCAGAUCCAGUCUUGAUUGUAGGUGCUGGUCUGACAGCUGCUGAUGCGAUUCUCCUUGCUCACCAUUGCAAUAUUCCAGUAAUCCAUGUAUUUCGGAGGCGAGUCACUGAUCCGGGUCUUAUAUUUAACCAGCUCCCCAAAAUGAUGUACCCUGAAUACCACAAAGUCCAUCAGAUGAUGAAAGAACAGUCAGCUGCUUGUGCUGGGCCCUAUGAGCGUUACGUUAGCCUUCCUGAGCAUCACGUGCUAUCCUUCGGCAACGACAAGAAAUGUAUCUUUCAAGACAAGAAUGGCUACCAGAAAGUUUAUAAAAUUUCCAUGGCUCUUGUUCUAACUGGCUCGAACCCCAACCUCUCCUUUCUGCCGAAUAACGGCAUUGACUUGGCAAUGGACAGUGGCCAACCAGUCAAUCCAAAGAGGAAUCCCAUAGAUGUUGACCCGUUCUCCUAUGAAUGCACUCAGGAGAAAGGGCUGUAUGCUCUAGGACCUCUCGCUGGAGAUAACUUUGUACGCUUUGUGCAGGGGGGGGCUCUGGCUGUUGCCAGCUCUCUGUUAAAGAAAGCAAACAAAAAUCCCCCCUAACAAAACAAAAAAUAUCCCUGCGCUAACUGUGUCUGGGUUACUGCUGUUUUCUUAGAGAAGCAGGUCAUCUGAUUUGUACAUCCUCACAUGUAAAGCCCGCUCCUGGUAUUCCUCAAGGUUAUGCAGGGAGUUGCGAAGUUCUUAGUAGCUGAGCUGUUUGGGAAGGUUAAGCCACCACACAGAGUGGGUUUCACACACGGCACUGCCUUCAGGCCCUGGGGAUUCAGCUCCUUUCCAGCCCAGCUGUGCAUAAAGGCUACAGGGGCUUUGAAUCUUGUGCCUGGAAAAACAGGGGGCAAGACAUGGAUUGCUCUUCUGUGCAACACCUUCCAGGUUGCUGAAAACUGAAUUGGGGAACAAUCAACGUUAAUUAUUUCCAGACAGCAGGCUGACAGCCCUGUGUCUCUCAGUGUCUUACAGUAGCUUUUUCAUGAAACAGAGUAAGCCGAUGUGGUUUUAUUAGCUCCUGUAGCUUGGCUGUAUGUUCCUAUUAGGCCAGAAAUCGCUGAAAGAUGUUGCAGGUACCUCUGGCACAUGAAGUGGUACUCUGCAAACAAAAACUGACAUAAAACUAGUCAAAACUGUAUUGUCUCAUUGACACCAGCAACAAAUGAUAUGCAGUAUCUCUUUAAUCAAGGGAUUCCUGUGAUUGGAUUUUUUCCCCCCCCUCCUUCUUGAGAAGGAGUGGUACUGAUUUACAAACACUUGGUUUGCCAUCUUGCAGCUUUCUGCUUUCGAAAUCCUAAAAUUGCAACAGCCGAAUUCUUGGCAGCUGCUGUUCUGCAGAGACAGCAGAACCAACGGGUCUGUAUGUACCUGCCCAGGUGCUGUGUGGGGCUUCUGCUGCGCAGAGGAUUUCAGAAAGAUGCAAUAUGUUAUACGUUGUAUGAAUUCCUAAUGUAAUGUGAUUAUUAUUAUUUUUUUUCUAAAGAAUACUAUUUCUGUAGAGGGGGAAUUGGCACAGUCACUUUCUGAUAGUUUUAUGCUACAUAUAGCAGGUUUUUUUAAUACUAGUUUUCUAAAAGAUUUGUAUUGGCAAAACAUUUUGUGACGGGCUUUCAGUCAGUGUUUUGAUGAGCUGGGGUGGGUGGGAAUGAUGCCUUGUGUUGCAGAGAGCAUUCUCAACAGACCUGUGGGACCUUUCACAGGAAAAAUGGGAGCCAUGGCUGAUCUUUGGUGUAAAGACAGGCUCUGCUCCCUGUGCUGCACUGAAACUCACCGAUGGGGCAGGAUGCUGCUUGUGUUUGUAAAGCUGAGUAUGUGGAGACAGAGGCUGUUUGUAAAUGAAUCGCCCUCAGGUUGGGAUGUACGAAGCGUGUACGUGUGGUAUUGCUGUAUCGCGCUCAAAUGUUUUUGCCACUGACUGUUCUUGUAUGAGACUUGUCAAUAAAGUGAUUUCA